AAGCAUCCCUUCUUCUCCAACUGGCCAUGGCAUCGGUUUCCCUAGACAUUCACUACUUUCAGUAUUUGAUUUGGUUCAUCACUGUUGUGAUGGUCCAUUCUUUCAUAAAAAAAAUUCUGAAGCCUGCUCGAACCACAAUCCCCGAGCCACCGAGCCCACCCGCUCUCCCUUUCAUAGGCCACCUCCAUCUGGUCACCUCUGUCCUACCAAAAUCUUUCCAGGACCUGGCUCGACGCUAUGGCCCUCUCAUGGGGAUCCGCCUCGGUGCAUCAGCCUGCCUCGUUGUAUCCAACGCCGACGUUGCAAAAGAAAUCUUCAGAACCCAAGAGCUCAAUUUUUGUUCCAGGCCCGAAUUCGGUUCCUCGGAGUACUUCAUUUAUAGAGGCUCGAGGUUCGUUUUGGCUCAAUACGGUGACUACUGGCGUUUCAUGAAGAAACUCUGCAUGACAAGGCUGUUGGCGGUGCCUCAGCUGGACAAGUUCGCCGAUAUCCGAGACCAAGAGAAGCUCAAUCUGGUUGAAUCCGUGAUGAACUGUUGCAAACAAGGAAAGAGCUGUGAUUUGAGCAGCGAGUUCACGACUCUGACCAACAAUACCAUAUGUAGAAUGGCGAUGAGUACACGAUGUUCGGGAAACGAUAACGAUGCCGAUGAGAUUAAGGAGCUUAUUCAUACAUGUUUGAAGCUUUCAGGGAAGAUUAGCGUUGGAGAUGUUAUGGGUCCUCUGAAAGUACUUGAUUUCUCUGGGAAUGGGAAAAAGCUUAAGGCUGCUUUGUUGAAGUAUGAUAAGUUGGUGGAGAGGAUAAUUAAGGAACAUCAAGAGAAGGUAAGUGAAGGUUUUGAUGUGAAUCAAAAGAUGGAUUUGUUGGAUAUUUUGUUGGAGGUUUACAGAGAUCCAACUGCUGAAAUCAAGAUUUCCAUGAAGGACAUCAAGUCUUUCUUGCUGGAUAUUUUCAUGGCCGGUACCGAUACAUCGUCGUCGGCGAUGCAAUGGGCAAUGGGUGAGCUCAUCAACAAACCAAAAGCCUUGAAGAAGCUUAGAGAGGAGAUCGAUUCGGUUGUCAGGCCGGACAGGGUUGUCAAAGAAUCCGACAUCCCGAACCUUCCGUAUCUCCGAGCUGUCAUAAGAGAGACUCUAAGGCUUCAUCCUUCAGCUCCAUUGAUCAUUAGGGAAUGUGGUGAAGAUUGCAAUGUAAAUGGAUUCUUGGUGAAGUCUAAGACCCGAGUAAUAGUGAAUGUGUACGCUGUCAUGAGGGACCCUCAUUCAUGGGCCAACCCUAAUGAAUUCGACCCUGAAAGGUUCCUAGGAAGCUCCGACGAGAAGAUCGGAGAGCAUCAAAUGGAGUUCAAGGGUCAGAACUUUCGGUUCCUUCCGUUCGGGAGCGGGCGAAGAGGUUGCCCCGGAGCCUCACUUGCCAUGUUGGUGAUGCAUGCAGCAGUGGGGUCUUUGGUUCAAUGUUUCGAGUGGGAAGUGAAGGGUGGUGAGAGGGUUGAUCUGAGCCCAGGGCCAGGGUUCGCUACAGAAAUGGCUCGUCCACUUGUUUGUCACCCUAGGCCACGUUUUAAUCAAUUCUAAG